AUGUGGACACGUUGCCUGCUGCUUACAGCCUUCGCACAAUGUCUGUGGACUCAGGCGUUCGCGGCGAAAUACGGGGAUACGCGAAGUAGCGCUGAAACGGUAGUCGCGCCGCCUGCAGUCACCUCGCUACAAUGGACCGGCGGACAGUUCGAGUUUCCCGGCUCGUCGCGUUCGCUCUUUCGCAGCUCGGGCAAGUACAUCUCGAAGAAUGUGAUAGCGACGCGUGCGCAAAUAGUGGGUGAUGCCGUCUUUUUGGCAUUACCGCGCUAUAAGCAUGGUGUGCCGGCGACACUUGUGAAAACCACGCUCAAACCGGGCGUUUGUCAAGCCACCUUUGCACCGUUCCCCUGCUGGGACAUGCAGGAUGAUAGCACAUGUAAGGGUUUCCAAUCCGUAGUCGAUUUGGUUGUCGAUCAAAAUGACGUGUUGUGGGUAUUGGACACGGGCAUUGUCAACACGCUUGAGACGCCGGAGCGCAAAUGCACCGCCAAAGUGGUAGCGCUUUCCGUGAAGACGGGCAAAGUGUUGAAAUCCAUUUCGUUGGAGGGUCUGACAUCGCCGAACUCGCGUUUACAAUAUAUUGUUGUGGACUAUGCGCCUGAUGGCAGCUGCUUCGUGUAUGUCAGCGAUGCCGCGAAUCGUGCCAUCAUCGUUUAUAAUUUACAAGCUGAUCGUGGCUUCCGUGUGGUACUGCCGAAAGCUGUAGCAUCGGGUUGUAGAGCACGUGAUGUGCUCUAUAUCGCGCUGAUACGCAAGGAUUGUGGCACAACGGAGUUGUACUUUACCUACUUGAGCACGAACAGACUUUUCUCACUACAGUCGGAGUACUUGCGCAGCGGUGUGGCCGAUGGUCGUAUAUUGGAUUUGGGUAAGAAGCCUUCGCGCAUGGUCAUUAUCGGCACUGAUAACGGUUCGGCCAUAUUCUUCCGCAAUGAAGGCGAUGCGGAGGUUUAUCGCUGGGACACUUCCAGCGCUUUUACGGAGACGAACUUUAAGCCUGUCUACCGCAGUGAUACCUGUCAGCUGGCGACGCAUGCUGUGCCCGACUACAAGCGCAAUACAAUGCGUGUGCUGCAGAGCAAUUUCCCGGACUACAUGCAGAAUCGUGUGGGUUGCGGUGCAGUACAGCAAUUAUCCGUUAUGCAGGGCUGUUGGUAA